ACUGUGAGAGAGGUCACUAUAUCUCUGCUCUCUUCCACACAACAUGUCUGCUCCAGUCCUCUGCAUCCCCCGUGUCCCCUGCGCUGUCCUCGUCUGUGUCCUCAUAGCCUGCUGCUGCUCAGUGGCUGUGGGACAGAUUGCAAUGGACUGCUGCCUAGAGGUGAAGAACAAGGUGGUUCCUAAGGAAGUUGUGGUGCACUACUUCGAGCAAGUUGGGGGACAGGGCUGUGACAUCGAUGCCACCAUCCUGGUGACCCGACAAGGCCGGAAUCUGUGCAUCACUCCCACUCAGCCAAAACUCAACCAGAUAAAAAAACAUGUGGACAAGCUGAAGAAUCACUGCAAGAAGACCGGCUAUAAGGGGGGGCGCUGUAACGGAGUCAAGCGUCAGUGAAGAGUCAUCCUCCAGUCAGUCUGCAGCUCUGAGUACAGAAUACUCCCAUAUCAGACCAGCAUAACAUACAAACAUACAAGAAGAAGUACUCACUAUGCAGACAAAUUAAAAAAUAAAUCCAAUGAAUUGUGUUUCUGUGACAGUAUGAAUGUGAGACAAAGAAAGAGAAUGUGAUCAAAUAUGAAACUCCAUACCAGGACUAAACCUGGACUCAAACCAAGACUAAACCAGAACUAAAACCAUUCUAAACCAGGAAUAAACCCAAACCCAAAACAUGCACCUUACACAAAAUAAUAAGGUACUGUUACAUAUGCAUAGAUCUUUUAAAGGAACUGAAUGUAAGCUCUGUGUCCCCAGAUAUGAGGUAAACAUGUUAUAAUCAUUUACUUUUACUGAUAACAAUUGUAAUGCUGAUUUUAUUCUUAAUUCCAAAAAACAUUGGGCAUGAUGGCCAAGUUGUUUAUGUUAUAAUCUGGUAUUUUGGCUCUCAAGACAAAGGAUCAAUAAAAAAAAUCUCUAAGUACCUUACACCUUAAACUAAACUAAAAAACUCAGCUAACUCAGGCUAAAGGGAAUGACGUUGUUAUUUUUCAACAUGUACUAUUUUAUUGAAGUAAAUGGAAUAAAA